CUGCUCGUGUUUAUCCAUAAAUUUCGCUAAUCGCUGACAAAAUGAGCAACCACGUCGAGGUGAAAAACAUUGAGCCGACCACUUUUGAGGACCGCUACUACGAUGAAUAUGAAUAUUAUAACUUAACAGACCGCUAUACCGAGUGCGCUAGUCGCAAGGGCAGGACGAAGAAGGAGGCGAGCUGUAACACGAACAAACCCAACCCUGCGGGACACGAGCGCAAAAUAGUGGAGAAGCUCCAGAAUGCUGAGAAGAAGUCCAAAGAGUGACACAGAAGAGAUUGAAGCGGACGGCUAUUACUGGCAACCGACCACAGGUGUCUCUGCGGGAAACGGGCGCUGAGCUGCAGCGGGAUCCGCCUCGGGACGAGAGGAGCGGGCCGGUGCCUCGGGAAGCGCUGAGUUUUGUCAGAGACACACCGCUCUUGUGUAUGAGAUGGACCCUGCAGAAGGAGCACCUGUUCAGAGGAACCGAUAUGCUUGUGAUGUUGAAUGUAUGUUUUAAACGAUAGGUUUGACCACGUUUGGUGUUUUGGUACUACAUUUUUAAAAGUUCUUUUAAUAAAGACCACUUUUUUUCCAUUAAA